ACGAUUCUUUCGGCGUUAUACUGAAAAGUAUUAGCUCAGCUAAAGCAUGAGCAACAUUUACAUCCAGGAGCCUCCAACAAGUGGGAAGGUCCUGUUGAAGACCACGGCCGGGGACAUUGAUAUCGAGCUGUGGUCCAAAGAGGCCCCUAAAGCAUGCAGGAACUUUGUGCAGCUGUGCAUGGAAGGUUACUACGAUGGCACCAUUUUCCACAGAGUGGUUCAGGAGUUCAUCAUUCAGGGGGGCGAUCCAACAGGAACAGGAACAGGGGGAGAGUCCAUCUACGGCCGCCCGUUUAAGGACGAGUUUCACUCCAGGCUGCGCUUCAUUCGGAGGGGUUUGGUCGCCAUGGCCAACGCUGGGCCGCACGAUAACGGCAGUCAGUUUUUCUUCACACUGGGGCGCGCGGAUGAGCUCAACAACAAGCACACCAUAUUUGGCAAGGUCACCGGGGACACGGUCUACAACCUGCUGCGACUGGCAGAAGUUGAAUGCGACGCGAACGAAAGGCCGCUGAAGCCGCACAAGAUAAGAACGGCCGAGGUGUUGCAUUCUCCUUUUGAUGACAUCAUACCUCGGGAAACAAAAAAAUCCAAAAAGGAAAAGGAAAAAGAGGACGUGAAGAAAUUCCAGUCCAAGGCCACAAAGAACUUCAACCUUUUGUCAUUUGGAGAAGAAGCUGAAGAGGACGAGGAGAUGGUGACUCAAGUUAGCCAGACGUUAAAGGGAAAAAGCAAAAGCAGCCACGACCUUUUGAAGGAUGAUCCCCAACUAAGCUCUGUUCCAGCUGUUGAUAAGGGAAAGAAGAAAGCGAGACCUGGCAACGCAGCUGAUUCGGGCAGCGAGGCAGAAGGCGACGUUGACGACGACGACGGCGGCGCGGAGUACGACUCGGACGAGAAAGAGAAGAUGAGAGACCUCGUCAGUAAAAAGCUCAAGAAGGAGAAAGGCGCAGAGAAAGCAGACGAGCCGGAUGAGGAGGAGCUGGGGAAGAAGACCAGCCGCAGCGACGAAUUAAAGAAGGAGGUCCGGCAGCUGAAGAAGGAGCUGCAGGCCAUAAAGCAAAGGAGAGAAGAGCGUUCAAACCCUCCUGCAGAAGAAGUCAAGGAGGAGAAAAAGCCGACCAGCGAGGCCGUUGCUGAGUACAUGGAGGGAAGAAAGAAGUAUGAAGAGCUCAGGAAACAAAAACGGAAAAAAGGUUCCAACAGAGAGGAACAGACGUUGGCCCUACUCAACAGCUUCAAGUCCAAGCUGUCAUCAGCGAUCACUGAGGGCCCAGAGCAGGAUGCUGAGGACCUGGCAGAGGACGAUGACAAAGGAUGGAUGGCCCACGUUCUGCACUUUGAUGAGCAAAGCAGAAAAGUCAAGGACGCCACCGUGCCGGACGAGGACACGUUCGAGAUCUACGACCCGCGCAAUCCCGUCAACAAGCGCAGGAGAGAGGAGAGCAAGAAGAUCAUGAAGGAGAAGAAGGCCAAAAGGUGAAGACCCUAGGUCGGAGGUCAAGUCCUGCCAGGGUCGUGUGACUACAAAAGGGUCACGCAGCAUCCUGCCUGGCCACUUUCCCAUCGCUUCAGAGCGGCUUUGCUAAACAAUCUCUUACGUUGGACAUCUGGGUUGAGGACGCCGAGCUUAGCUUAUCUGUGAUUGAACAGCUGUUAUGGACGAUGCUCAGUUACUCACCAGAAGUAACACACUGCAGUCAUUAGAGGUAGAUAAUUACAUGAAAUACUGUUCACUUCUGACUUUAUGUUUUGGCUUGUGGGGAAAUCUCUGUAAGCAUUUCCAGAACGAAAAUAAACCACAUUUGUGAGA